CCUCCUUCAUCCCAGCCACCAACAAAACUUUACAUGCACAAUGGACCUCACUACUACUACUACUAGUACUCACAUUGAUCCCAAAGCCGCUGCAUUGCUGUGCGUGGUCAUUACCAUUCCUCUGCUACUGAUUCAGCAACUAGUAUUGCAACCCAAAACAAAGAAGAGCAGCAGUUCCAUUCCCGACGCCACAAAUGCCGUGCCAGGAUUGGGCAAUGCGCUGGAAUACAAGGAAGAUCCACCGGGUUGCAUUCGCGCGCAACAAGAUGCCACCAAGAGGAAAGUCUUUCGUCUCAAUUUGGCCGGCCGCAAAAUGGUAAUUGUGGGUUCCUGCCCUGUCACCAUGAAGCACGUGGCCAGUCAACCCGAAUCGGUCUUGUCGUCGUGUCGCGCCGUGGCCGAAAUUGGAUUCGAAUAUACCAUGGGACACUUUAAUGUUUAUGAAGGAACGGCAUGGCACAAGGCCAUUCUCAAGAAUCAUUACAUGGGUGACAAGUUGGAGACGGUCUUUUUGCCACGCAUCUACAAGGCUUUGGAGCAUGCUACGGAACAAGAAAUGCAACUCUUGAAUGACAACACUACUACUAGUAGUACAACAACUACUACAGGCCCCGACUUGUUUCCCUUUGUCCGUCAAUGUUUUUUGCGGGCCAUUUUGGAUGAAUUUGUCAGUCCCCGUCUUUUGGCCAAUCAUCCGUCCUUGUUGCAAGACUGCAUGGUCUUUCAAGACAAGGUCGAAGAUGCCACGGCCAAAGCGGCUGUCUUGCCGCGAUUCCUCGCGUUGCCAUUGUGUUUGUGGCCCACCCAAGCGGCACGACGACAACUCCAGCAAUCGUUGGCGGCAAUCCUGCAACAAGAGAUUUGGAAUACUAGGAAAGAUACUACUACUACUAUGGGUCCUUGGGCGCAAACUUACUUGGAGGAAGGAACGUCCCCCGAACGAGCCGCCGAACAUUUGAUUGGAUUGAUCUUUGCCGGACACAAAAAUCCCAGUAUUGGAGCGGGUCAAAGUUUGUGCUUUGUGCGGACGGAAUUGACACCCGAACAACAACAAUGCGCCACCCAAGAGGCCCUUCUAUUGUGUGACGCCUUUCAAGACAACAAAAAUCUCACCGAGGCAUUGUUAAAUGCCACCACCUUGCGAGCCUGUGUCUUGGAAACCAUGCGCGUCACGGCGCAUACGUUGGGAGCCAUUCGGUAUGCCGAAAGCGCCGUGAAAUUGCCGGGAGAUAUGAUCAUUGAGGCGGGGGAAACCGUGUCAUUGGCGCAUCAUGCCAUGCACAUGGAAUCGUCGCUGUGGGGCGACAAUCCCACGCAGUUUUCGUUGGAUCGUUGGCAACAAGAGACAACAAACGACUCUUCUUUGGGAAUUCCCGUGGAUCACUACAAAUUGACGACUUUCUCCAAUGGUGUGCACAAGUGUCCGGGUGAAAAGGUGGCAUUGGCCAUGAUGGAACUGUGGUUGGCAAUCAUGUUGACACGAGAUGCCCAACUCGUGGGUGACUUGCCCCCGGUUUCCUUUGAACGGGCGACGCUGGCGCAGCGGGAAGGACCCGUGGGCUUUUCCGUGCGAUCGUCCUCGUCGUCGUAGCACAAUGACAACAACAAGAGAGUGCAGUCUCCAACGGACUGGCUGCAGUGAGUACGAACGAUUGAGCGUUUCGUUGAGGAUCUAUGUGCUUCUCGGGUUGAUUCGAUUGAUUCGGUGAAUGCUGCCUUCAAAGUCACAUCUGCGACGAUUCCAUCGCUGGAGUGUCGCAGGUGUCUGCCUCCAUG